AUGAAAGGACACGGUGGCCGUAUCACAUCUCUAAAUUACAACCCGCGGAACCCUCGCAUCCUCUGCUCCACCUCUAGGGAUCAGACUACACGUCUGUGGUCACUUGAUCUUCUGCAGUCCAUGAAGAUGGCAUCUGCUGACCCUCAACUCGCUUCCUUCGGACCACCAUUUGGCGCACCACUUACAGGCGGGGAGGAAGAAUCAUUGGGCCCGACAGGCCGUUGUUUCACUGUCACGGCUGGUGGGCAGACAGCUGGACACCAAGCGACAGUCUUGGAUGCAUGUUUCCACCCAGACUUAGAUGUCAUUGUUACGUCCUCGGUAGAUCAUCGCAUCCUCAUUUGGGAAUACGACCCACCACCUUCUCCCUCUGAUCUUGUAGGAACAUUGGCUGUCCUUGGCAGACCUCUGUUCUGCUUUCAAAUGAUUCAUCACGCGCAAGUGAUCCGAGUUCGCUGGCUGUCUCCCUCUGUGCUCAUCUCACAGAGCCCCCAGUCAGUCACCGACAAAGAUGCUUCAUUUCCAGGAAAGAUUUCUGUGUGGAAAUGGCUUGGUUAUGGAAGAUAUCGUGAGGCAGUCACAAACAAGGAGACGUAUGCGGUGGACUGGGAAAAUGCUACAUCUAGCCGCUCAUACAAGAUAUUGUCUGAGAUUCAGCUUCGUCAACCAGCGAAGAAAAUCAUGAUUCACGGCUCUCUGGUGGCUCUAGCCACCCAGACUCUGAUUCGGGUCCUCGAUGUUAGCCUCCUAAGACCUCGAUCACGUCCGGAACCCGAUAUAAUCUUGACCAGAGACCUCAUGGAUACUGAUGUGAUGUGGGAGGAGACGCUGAGAAGGCACAAAGACGUCCUGUGGGAACAGGCGGAGAGGUUUGACUAUUCGGGUGUUGUUGGUACGGCCAGCACAGAGGAAUUUAGCGCAGAAAAUAUCUUCGCGGUUGCCAUCUAUCAUGGUGUCGUUAUUCGUGUUGGGGAAGGCGAAAACAUGCGGAUCUGGGCUACUCCCAAACACUCGAUUUGA